CCCACCUGAAGACCAAAAAGCAAAUCUCAUCGUCAGAAUUAGAGAGAAAAAGCAAUCCAAAGAGACUGGUUUACAUAUUCCUUCCCAAACCAAGUAAUCGAGUCUCUCCCUCUCCCGGCUAAUAGCUUAUAAAUACAGACUUUAAACAAAAGCAUCCGAGUAAAAAAGAGAAAGAAUCCUAAUUCUCAAGCUUCCUACUUAGCACUGCCUCGCUUUUGAUGAUUUGUGCGGCUGUGUGUGCGUGCCUGUUUGAGAUAUGGCGAGAUAGGCUUAAAGUAUUUUCCAUUUCAUCAAAGAGCAUAUAUUACUUUCCUGGUUCGCUCCGAUGUUGGUUUUAUGCCCACCCCUUUUCAAUCUGCCCAUGUCUGAGAUGCACAGUGCAGGCGUACAAUCAUGAGCAGCUUACGACACUCAGUGAACACUGGGUGCCUCUGCAUGCUCUAGCAACAUACUGCUCAGCUGAAGGGAAGGGAUUCUUGCUGUCUCUCUCUGCUCUAAGCAUCACCUAACAAGCAAAGCGAACAAAGAAUGGGAAAUAAAGCGACCCUUAGCCGGUCAGUGAAUGAAUGGUAACCUCUCUCUGGAGUAAAGGUGGUGCCGGUCCAUGGUCGUUGCAAAUGAUGGACAUUAAACAGAUUGACAAAUCCUGUGGAGUCGUUAGUAAAGAGUUUGGAGUUUUUUUCACGCCACAGUGUUAACUGCAGAGGAAAGGACAGAGGGAGAAGGAGAAGAUCAAGCUCAUGUACAUAGUUCUGAAACUUGCAGGUCCUAGGAGGCAGCUCAAAAGCUAGCUGGACAAGCCUUUCGCUCGUUGAGCAGAAGCGAAGUGAGACAUUGUGAGCUUGCCAGCCUUGCACAACAUUGAAAGGGACUGAAUUUGUAGCACAGAGGGGUCUUUUUUAGCUCUGCAUAUAAUUAGUCCAAACACAAAGGAAGCAACUGAAUGGAGGUUGUCACUCUCUGGAAAAGGGUGGGUAAGACACUUUUUAAUUAAAUUCUUUCAUGAAGAAAGAUUUUUUUUUUUCUUUGCUGCAGCAUUUAACAUGAACAAAAUCACUAUCAUUUUACCUUUGAAUGUCUGUGAACUUUAAUGCUGCACAGCUCCUGCAUGCUGUAAAGUGAAAUAUUUGCCUCUGUGUUUGUUCUGUUUGCUGUUUUGCUUUGGUUUUCGGGCUUUGUCUCGUUGGUUUGCAUUUUUUUAUUUUUUUUUUCCUCCCUUAAAUAAAAUAUGAUGUAGAAUUUGAAAAGAUUCAAUGGACAUUCUCAAGCAUAUUUGGAAAUAUUCUUGCUAAUGGAUUUCCUUCUUAUUGGUCUCUGUUUAAACUGGCUGCUGAGGAAGCCCCCGGGGUUGAUAUUGUGUACGCUGGGUAUCUUUUCUAAAAUGCUUCCAGCUGUGAAUAGUGGGUGUCCACAGCUCUGUCGGUGUGAGGGCAGGCUUUUGUACUGUGAAUCACUGAAUCUCACAGAGAUGCCUCGCAACCUGUCGGGCAUGAUGGGCUUGUCUCUGCGGUACAACAGCCUUUCAGAGCUGCAUGAUGGACAGUUCACAGGGUUAAUGCAGCUCACGUGGCUCUAUCUGGAUCACAAUCACAUUUGCUCAGUGGAGGGGAAUGCCUUUCAAAAAUUGCGGCGAGUUAAAGAGCUCACCCUGAGUUCCAACAAAAUAACCCAACUGCCCAACACCACUUUCCGCCCCAUGCCAAACUUGCGCAGUGUGGAUUUAUCGUACAACAACCUACAGUCUUUGGAGCCUGACCUGUUCCACGGGCUGAGAAAACUGACAACUUUGCACAUGCGGUCGAACGCCAUCAAGUUCGUGCCAGUGAGAAUUUUUCAGGACUGUCGCAGCCUGAAGUUUCUAGACAUAGGAUACAAUCAGUUAAAGAGCCUGGCUCGAAACUCUUUUGCAGGCUUGUUCAAACUCACUGAGCUGCACCUCGAGCACAAUGACUUGGUGAAAGUGAAUUUAGCUCAUUUUCCCAGGCUCAUCUCCCUGCACUCCCUCUGCUUGCGGAGGAAUAAAGUCACCAUCGUAGUAAACACUUUGGACUGGAUAUGGCAACUCGAAAAGAUGGAUCUCUCUGGCAACGAAAUCGAAUACAUCGAACCUCACGUUUUCGAAAGUGUACCUCAUCUCAAAUCCCUGCAGCUGGACUCCAACCGGCUGACCUACAUCGACUCCCGAGUCCUCGACUCCUGGAAGUCCCUCACGAGCAUCAGCCUCUCCGCCAACGCCUGGGACUGCAGCCGGAACGUCUGCGCCCUGGCCUCCUGGCUGAGCAACUUCCAGGGUCGCUACGACAGCAACCUGCUCUGUGCCACCCCCGAGUACGCCCAGGGAGAGGAUGUUUUGGACGCCGUGUACGCCUUUCACUUGUGCGAGGACAACGCCGACCCCACGAGCGUCAACACCUUCUCCCCGGUGACCAACAACAGCGAGCAGACGCUCGGCUAUGGCUCGGCCACCGCCACCUACGACGCGCCCGAGGGCGACGAGGACCGGACCACGUACGCCGUCACCAUCACCAUGCCCGGCGAGAACUCCGAGAACGCCGUGCAGAUUCACAAGGUGGUGACGGGCACCAUGGCACUGAUUUUUUCCUUCCUCAUCGUGGUUUUGGUGUUGUAUGUCUCCUGGAAGUGCUUCCCAGCCGGCUUAAGGCAACUAAGACAGUGCUUUGUCACACAGCGCAGGAAGCAGAAGCAAAAACAGACCAUGCACCAAAUGGCUGCCAUGUCAGCCCAGGAGUAUUACGUUGAUUACAAACCCAACCACAUUGAGGGAGCCCUGGUGAUCAUUAAUGAGUACGGAUCUUGUUCCUGUCACCAGCAGCCAGCGAGGGAAUGCGAGGUGUGAUUUUCCUUUGGGAUUUAAACAGUGUGCAACCAAAUAACAGCGUGCAGGCAGACAGUGGCACGGGGUGGGGGGGUGGUGCUGGGCUUUGCUGGUGAUUUCUGACGUGCACCCCUGCCCAAAUUGUUUAAGAGGGGCUGUCCAAGAGACUUGAUAUUUUAGCUUUAUCGUGUCUUAAAAACCUUCAGGACAGCCAAUCUUAAGGUUUCAUAUGCUAAUACUCCCUUUGAAGAUCUGUCAAUAUUCAGGAAUCUGAGAGUGUAAAAAAAAGGUACCAAUUAUUGAUCUUUUGUAAACUAAGAAAACUUUAAAAUAAAAAAAAAAAAAAAUAGCAUUUACAGUUUUUACAGACUGGUGUAUAUUACAUGAAUGGCUCCCUGUAUACAAAAUGCAACAGUUUAACCUCUCUCUCUUCAUGCUGAGUGUUGAAAUGAAAAGUCGAGGAGCAAAGAAGCCAUGUAAAAUAGAAAGCUUAAAAUUGUCCAGGUGGCUUCCCAUUGUAAUUAGCACACAUUCACAUACAUCAUGCUGCUGAAGAUAUGAAGCAUGACACUGGAAUUCUAUUUUUGUUAAUGUGCUACCUGUAACUGGACGUCAGUACAACAAGGAGCAGAGCUCCUCAGAAAGGCUGAAGUUUUGACCAUGUCCCUAGGACAGGAUUUCUGAGGAUUUUUAAGUACAGCUCACUUGUUAGUUGCUGUUAGAUCCAUAAAAAAUGCAUUAUGACCCAUAAAAGUAUUUUGUAUCAAAACUGAUCAUGUUGCAAAGACUCACUAAAAGAAAACAACCAACAAAACCCAAACAAGUGAAACACUGCCAAAAUGUGCUCAUCAGAAUUUUCUUUACUGUAAAAAAAUUUGCUAAAUUUAAGGGCUUUUAUAUGCAUUUCCCACUUUUAUGCUUGUUUUGAGCUAUGCCAACAGCAAAGAGCCCCUCGUUUUGUGCCCUGUGGUGCCAUGGUGAAUGGAUAAGAGAAAAAACAAUUAUUUGGGUCUAAGUGGUGAAGCUCAAGAGCAAAACCACUGUCAGGGUAGGACAGAGAGUUUUCAGAGCACCCUUCUGGGUCCUGUAGCAAAGUGCUGGCCAAGCCCAGCUCGUGUUCCUCCCUUCCACCACCGGCCUUCACUAACAAACAACCCCAAAACCUCUGCAGAGGCUGGAGGCAGAUGUACCCUCCUUACUAAGGACUGAAAAAUGGCAUUGAUGGAUAUAAGCAGUGAUUUCAUGAUGUAGAAUCCCACAGCUGUUUUAUCUGACUGCCCUUAAAUAAAGGCUUCCUUUCCUUGUA